AUGUUGCUGUAUACUAGACUUGCACCCCCGAAGGUCCCCAAGAAGCGUUCGCGCGCAGGAUGUAGCUAUUGCAAGGAAAAGAAAAAGAAGUGUGACGAAAUCCGACCUGCAUGCGCUCGAUGCUUGGAACGUGGCCAGGAGUGCAUGUAUGAGCCUGUCCGACCUCGCCAGAGGCGCAAGCGUGACUCGACUGUUCCUUGCUCGCCAUUCGAUACCAAUUCUUCCUCCGGCUCAGACAGGGCGGCUCAGGCUUUAGAUGCCCAAAUCUCAUCAGAAUGGAACGACGAUGCGAACGACAAAUCAGCCGACGAAGACUCCGACGAAGCUCUCCCCAGCACAGGGGCACCAACACUUAACACAUCUCUCGUCAACCGGACUACAAACAAACCUAGAGUCAACUCCUUCGACUGGAGCCCUACAGACCUCCCGUUGAUUUCUCCUCUUGAUUCGGUGGAGUUUCAGCUGCCGCCAUUCGAUGAACCAAAGUUCGUUGUGCAACAUCUUGAGAACCAGGAGGAGGAGGAUGUUGAAGAGAUCAUCCGCCGGGAGUCGAUCAGCAUCAACAUUCCCACAACGACUUAUGCUGGGACGUAUGCGCCUGCAUAUGCGACUCCUUCGCCUUCUCUUGCUAUGAUUGCGCCCGUCCCAACACCAUCUCCUCGACUCGAGUUCUGCUCCCCGAUGUUUUCAGAGUUCUCUGAGCGCACCAACCGACGCGCCCUUGUGGAUCAUUUCUGCAACGUUCUAUCUCAUCUUAUCGUAUUCCGUGAAGAGAGUGGAAACCCAUUCCAGCAACUCGUUCUUCCCCUGUGCCACGAGAGUCAGCCUGUUUCCAACGCUGUUUAUGCUCUCGCAAGUGCUCAUCUCGAAUACCGUGGAGUUGAGAACGCCGAGAAGAGUGUUUACUUCCAUAACAAAGCAAUCCAAGGUCUUGCACGGUUAAUUCAGAAGGGAGCAGGCGCAAAUCGUAAUGAACUACUGGCUGCCAUUAUGCUUCUGGUGUAUUACGAAGUGUUAGUUCAAAAAGGUCGGUCUAACAUUGUCGAUGGUCAUCUCAAGGGUGCAAUGACUAUCAUGAGCAACAACGGGACUGCCACCGACCCGACGGGCGUCUUUUUGGAGCGUGCAUUCCGCUUCUAUGAUGUGAUCGCAGCGCUGUCUUUUGGUACUGCUCCUCUUUCUAGUGCUCCAGGCACCAACUACCUGGCACCAUUUCCUCCCCUCGACUCUGGUGGUGCGACAUCUCCGCUCAAUAGUGUUGAUACUCUGCUUGGCAUGGCAACUUCUCUAUGGCCCAUAAUUCACCGGCUCUCUAACCUUUUAGCCUUGAAAGACCAGCUUGACGUUGCAGUUGCGAACGAAGAGGUUUCCAAGGUGGCAGUCCUCAGAACGGAAUUUGAAACCUCGGCAACAGCCAUCGAAGCCGCUCUGGAGGAUUGGCACCCUGUGCUCCCUGAAAACUCGAUCCUGAACCAGAAUCCCGAGGAACUGAGCCCUGAACAAUCGACUGAAAGGAGCCGACUCCAAAGUAUUCUGAGUAACGCCUUGUCCUACCGCCAUUCUGCAUUCGUCUAUCUUUACCGCACCAUUUAUAGCUACCCACGCCGACACCCACUUGUACAACGUCACGCGCACAUCAGUCUUACUCAUUGUGUUGGAACUGUCAGCAAUACAGGUCCUAUGAGCGCCCUUCUCUGGCCAUUAUUUGUUGCGGCUUGCGAGGCCACUACACUUUCUGACCGUGACUUGGCACGCCAGACAUUCAUCGCCAUCAAUCGCCGGCAAGGCAUGACAAAUAUCGACCGUGCAUGGACUAUUGUUCAAGAAGUUUGGAGACGGGCCGACAAGACUGACAUGAUGCAACAACAAGAGGAGGCAAUGACGAUGGGUGUCAGAAGUGGAGGUGAUCUCUGGCGAAGAGUCAGUGCAGAUAUGGGUGUGACUAUCGUUUUCGGGUAA